CCUAUAAACCCUUCCCCUUUAUAAAUAUUCAGUUCUUCAUUUCAAGGUCCAUUGCUUGUGUUCACCUCGUGCCACUCUCAUUCUAGGGUUUCUCAAUUAUUUUGAAUUAGGAAAAUGACGAAGAAUUAUCCAAAGGUGAGCGAAGAUUACCAGAAGGCCAUUGAUAAGGCUAAGAGGAAGCUUAGAGGUUUCAUCGCCGAGAAGGGCUGUGCUCCGCUUAUGCUCCGUCUCGCAUGGCACUCAGCUGGGACAUACGAUGUGAAGACGAAGUCUGGUGGACCGUUCGGAACAAUCAAGCACGGAGCUGAGUUGGCUCAUAAUGCUAAUAAUGGGCUUGACAUUGCUGUGAGACUUCUUGAACCUCUUAAGGAGCAGUUCCCUAUGAUUUCGUACGCUGAUUUCUAUCAGCUUGCUGGUGUUGUUGCUGUUGAGAUCACUGGUGGACCUGAGAUCCCAUUCCACCCUGGAAGAGAGGACAAGCCCGAGCCACCUCCAGAAGGUCGUCUUCCUGAUGCUACCAAAGGUUCCGAUCACUUGAGGGAUGUCUUUGGUCGCGCGAUGGGUCUUAGUGACCGUGAUAUUGUUGCUCUCUCUGGUGGCCAUACCUUGGGUAGAUGCCAUAAGGAGCGCUCUGGUUUUGAAGGUCCUUGGACUACCAACCCUCUCAUCUUUGAUAAUUCCUACUUCACGGAGCUCUUGAGUGGAGAAAAGGAAGGACUUUUGAAAUUGCCAACUGAUUUGGCUCUUCUUUCCGACCCUAUCUUCCGCCCGCUUGUUGAAAAAUAUGCUGCUGAUGAAGAUGCAUUCUUUGCUGAUUAUAGUGAAGCUCACAUGAAACUUUCUGAGUUGGGAUUUGCAGAGGCCUAAGUCGACAUUCAAUAUUAAAGAUUGUGCCAACUACAAUGCGUGCUGUUUAGCUAAUGCGUAUUUCCAUUACAUAGGAGGAGAAAUUGUUUUUAAGGCAAAUGUUUUGGCUGUUAAUGCAGUGGGUUGCUCUUUUCUAAUUUUUGCUGCAUAUUGAAGUUGGGUAGUAGAAUGUUUGGUACCUUUUAUGAUUAAAUAACAAAAACUGCUU